AUGGAUCUCGCUUUGGAUACAUGGGACUUCUCCUCACCUUUAAUAUCGUUAUGGAUAAACAGGUUUUACAUAUACUUGGGCUUUGCCUUUGGUUUUAGCCUUUGGAUUUGUUUCCAGAUUGUCAUCAGGAAGCAGAACAAGAACUCACAGGAGAAAACCGUUCCAAGAGCAUCUCAGGAUUUGAUGACGAAUGGCUAUAUCUCUCUUCCAAAGAAGGAAGUCUUUGUGUCUGGAGUGAAGAUAUUUUAUGGUUCUCAGACUGGCACAGCAAAGGGAUUUGCGACAAUUCUGGCUGAAGCACUUAGCUCCCUUGAUCUGCCUGUGGCAAUGAUUAAUCUGAAGGACUAUGACCCAGAUGACCAUCUCGCAGAAGAGGUUACCAGUAAAAAUGUCUGUGCCUUCCUGGUUGCCACCUACACUGACGGUCAGCCGCCUGAGAGCGCCGAGUGGUUCUGCAAGUGGCUGGAGGAAGCAGCCAAUGACUUUCGAUUUGGCAAAACGUACCUGAAGGGGAUGAGAUACGCAGUGUUUGGCCUGGGAAAUUCUGUGUACGUGAGCCACUUCAACAAGGUGGGGAAGAACGUGGACAAGUGGCUCUGGAUGCUCGGUGCUCGUCGCGUGAUGACCCGAGGGGAGGGCGACGGCAACGUGGUGAAGAGCAAACACGGCAGCAUUGAGGCCGACUUCACCGCUUGGAAGGCCAAGUUCAUCUCCCGGCUGCAGGCGCUCCGCAAAGGAGAGGGAAGGCGCUGCAGGGGCAGCUGCAAGAAAGGCAAGUGCGAGUCCAGCCAGCGCGGCUCGGAGGCGGCGGAGCCAGGGUCCCACGCGCAGGAGGAGUUGCAGCACAGAGACGCCGAGGAGGAAGAGCCCUUUGAGAGCAGCAGUGAGGAAGAGUCUGAUGCUGAGGACCGUCAGAGCCGAAAUUCGGUCGUUGAUGUUGAAGACCUCGGCAGGAUUAUGGGUCAUGUGACGAAAGAAAAGAGAGAAAAGGAGCAACAGGAAGGGGAAACGGGUGUGACCAGAAGCACGGUAAAGAGCGAAGCCAGUGAAAGAAGAGCUAUGAUCACUCCUGCUCUCCGAGAAGCCCUUACUAAACAAGGUUAUCAGUUGAUUGGGAGCCACUCUGGGGUGAAGCUUUGCAGAUGGACAAAGUCCAUGCUCCGAGGGAGAGGAGGUUGCUAUAAGCAUACGUUCUAUGGCAUUGAGAGCCAUCGUUGCAUGGAAACUACCCCGAGCUUGGCGUGCGCGAAUAAAUGCGUCUUCUGCUGGCGGCACCACACCAAUCCAGUGGGUACUGAAUGGCGGUGGAAGAUGGACCAGCCUGAAAUGAUCUUGAAGGAAGCCAUUGAAAACCAUCAGAACAUGAUCAAGCAGUUUAAAGCAGUGCCAGGCGUCAAAGAAGAACGCUUUGAGGAAGGAAUGACAGUAAAGCACUGUGCGUUGUCCCUCGUGGGAGAGCCCAUCAUGUACCCAGAAAUCAACAAAUUUUUGAAGCUACUUCACGAGUGUAAAAUCUCCAGUUUCCUGGUCACAAAUGCACAGUUCCCUGCAGAAAUCAGGGACCUCAAACCAGUUACCCAGCUCUACGUCAGUGUGGACGCUAGCACCAAAGACAGCCUGAAGAAAAUUGACCGCCCGCUCUUCAAGGAUUUCUGGCAAAGAUUCCUCGAUAGUUUAAAAGCCUUGGCUGCAAAGCAACAACGUACUGUCUACAGACUGACUCUAGUGAAGGCAUGGAACGUGGAUGAGCUCCAGGCCUAUGCUGAGCUGGUGUCCCUGGGGAACCCUGACUUCAUCGAGGUGAAGGGUGUUACCUACUGUGGAGAGAGUUCGGCGAGCAGUCUUACCAUGGCCAACGUGCCCUGGCAUGAGGAGGUGGUGCGCUUUGUCUGUGAGUUGGUGGAUCUGAUCCCCGGCUAUGAAAUCGCUUGUGAACACGAGCAUUCCAACUGUCUUCUAAUAGCUCACAAGAAGUUUAAGAUUGGCAGAGAAUGGUGGACAUGGAUCGAUUACAGCCGCUUCCAGGAGCUUAUUCAGGAAUAUGAAGAUAGUGGCGGAUCAAAAACUUUCAGCGCAAAGGAUUAUAUGGCCAGAACGCCUCACUGGGCCUUAUUUGGUGCCAACGAAAGAGGCUUUGAUCCCAAGGAUACCAGAUAUCAGAGAAAGAACAAAUCAAAGGAUAUUUCUGGAUGUUGA